GCGGGCCUUAGUUUGGGGACCACUGAUCUACAUGAUCGUGAUCUAUGACGCUGUGGUGACGUAAGAGUCCAAACAGGAAGUAGAAACAGCACGCUCGGUUUUUCUUCCCCACGUUACAGCUGCUGUUACAUAAAUGCCGUCUCCGUGGCGUUCACUGGACCUCUGAGCCUCCAUGAUGGCAGCGGGCCGGCUGAGCUUCAGUAACAUCACCGCUCUGGCCCCGAUGGUCCGGAUCGGGACUCUGCCCAUGAGGCUGCUGGCUCUGGACUACGGAGCGGACGUGGUUUACUGUGAGGAGUUGAUCGACAUCAAAAUGGCGAAGUGUCACCGAGUGGUGAACGAGGUGCUGCAGACGGUGGAUUUUGUGGCCCCGGAUGAACGAGUGAUGUUCAGGACCUGUGAGAGGGAGAAGGACCGAGUCGUCUUCCAGAUGGUGAGACAGAAGACAUCAAUACUUAAUGUGUAGAUCGUUCUCAGUCCGAGCCGUGAGUUUACUGCUACUUCUUCUUCUUCUUCUUCUUCUUCUUCUUCUUC